AUGAUGAGGUUAUCAUGCACUGCACUAUUCGUGGCCAUUGCCAUCACCAGUUUGACGGUAUCUGAGGCCUUUACAAACCCAUCAGUGGGUUCGGGAAUUCACACGGCGGCUACUCGACUGCAAGCGACAGUGGAAAAAGAACCCCCCAUCGCAGACACCGCUCCCCUUGGCGAUGACUCGACGAAACCAUUGUUCACCAAUGUUAUGGCAUGCAAUCGUGCCGAGAUUGCCGUUCGUAUCAUGCGAGCCGCCACCGAACUGAAUGCAGGAACCGUCGGAAUUUACGUCCACGAGGAUCGUUAUUCACAACACCGCUGGGGAGCCGACCGAUCCUUUCUUCUAGAGAAAGAAGACGACGCCACUCCCAUCUCUGCCUACUUGGACAUUCCUCAAAUCAUCAAAAUUGCCAAGGAAGCUAAUGUUGAUGCCAUUCACCCUGGUUAUGGAUUCUUGUCGGAAUCUCCUGAAUUUGCGCAAGCUUGUGCUGAUGCUGACAUUACCUUUGUUGGACCUACCGUGGAAAACUUGAACCGCUUCUCUGAUAAGACAUCGGCCCGUGAAGCUGCCAUUGCUGCUGGUGUCCCUGUCGUUCCAGGAUCUGACGGUGCCCUCACUACCAAGGAAGAGGUCACAGCAUUCGUCGAAGACAUUGGUCUUCCGAUUAUCAUCAAGGCUGCUAUGGGUGGUGGUGGUAAGGGAAUGAGAGUUGUCCGAAGUAUGGAUGACCUUGUCUCGUCGUGGGAAUCUGCCUCCAGCGAAGCUCUUGCCGCCUUUGGUGACGGUGCUGUUUUCAUUGAACGCUUCGUCGACCGCCCUCGUCACAUUGAAGUACAAAUUAUUGGUGAUGGUACCGGAAAUGUUGUCCAUUUGUGGGAACGUGACUGCUCCGUCCAACGUCGUCACCAAAAGGUCAUUGAAAUGGCUCCUGCUUGGACUUUGCCCAUGGAACUUCGAAGACAGUUGCACGAUUACGCCACUGCGCUUACCUCUGCUGCCAAGUACAAGAAUGCUGGUACCGUUGAGUUUCUUGUGGAUUCCGAAAACCGACCAUACUUUAUCGAAGUCAACCCGCGUAUUCAAGUCGAACACACCGUUACCGAAGAAGUCACUGGAAUCGAUUUGGUCCAAUCGCAACUUAAGAUUGCCGCUGGAGCCACUUUGGAAGAAGUUGGUUUGAUUCAAGAGAAUAUUUCUGCUCGUGGUGUUGCCAUCCAAUGUCGUGUCACCACUGAGAAUCCAGAACGUGAUUUUGCUCCCGAUACUGGAACACUCUCCGUUUACCGUCACUCGGCUGGAUGCGGAGUGCGUAUGGAUGGUAUUGGAUACUCUGGUUUGACUAUUACUCCUUACUUUGAUUCCAUGAUGGUCAAGUACACUGCACGUGGAUCCACCUUUAUUGAGACUGUGAACCGCAUGAACCGUGUUCUUCAAGAGUGCCGUAUCCGUGGUGUCAAGACCAACAUUCCAUUCUUGAUGAACUGUCUCCAACACCCUGAUUUCCGUGCUGGAAAGCUCACCACUGCCUUUAUUGACGAAAAUCCUGAAUUGAAGCAAACCUCCACCUCUUACUGGCAAUUUGCCAAUGACGAGCAAGCUGACCCAAGGAAGGUCUUCCGUGACGAACAAUUGUUGCGAUACUUGGCCAACCUCGCCGUCAACGGACACCCUACCGAGCUUGGAGCUGAUUCUUCCAAGCUUGCCACUCAAUUCAAGUCCAGUGUUGCCAAACCUGUUAUCCCAGCCCCAAAGCCUGGUGCCCCAAAGAAGAAUAUGCGUCAAAUUUACUUGGAGAAGGGACCUGAAGGUAUGGCCAAGGCCGUCCGCGCAAACGAAGGACUCCUUGUUACUGAUACCACCUGGCGCGAUGCCCACCAAUCCUUGCUUGCUACCCGUAUGAGAACUCAGGAAUUUGCUCGUUGUGCUGAAGCAACCAAUGAGGCCUUGGCCAAUGCUUUCUCUUUGGAGAUGUGGGGCGGAGCCACUUUUGAUGUUGCCAUGCGAUUCCUUCACGAAUGUCCUUGGAAACGUCUUGAGACCCUACGUGAAAAGGUCCCUGAUGUUCCAUUCCAAAUGCUGCUUCGUGGUGCCAACGCUGUUGGAUACACCAACUACGCCGACAAUGUUGUUUACAAGUUCUGCAAGCAAGCCCAGUCUAGUGGAGUUGAUGUCUUCCGUGUCUUUGAUUCCUUGAACUACUUGGAGAACUUGAAGCUUGGAGUUGACGCUGUUGGUACCGCUGGUGGAUUCGUUGAGGGAACCAUGUCUUACACCGGUGAUGUCGCGGAUCCUACCAAGGGAAAAUACAAUCUCGAGUACUACAUGAACCUUGCCCGUGAGUUGGUCGAUAUGGGAUCCCACGCCAUUGCCAUCAAGGACAUGGCUGGCCUUCUAACCCCCCAGGCCACCACCAUGCUGGUCAGUGCCCUUCGCAAAGAAUUCCCCGACGUCCCCAUCCACGUCCACACCCACGAUACCGCUGGAUCUGGUGUUGCUUCUAUGUUGGCCGCCGCUCAUGCUGGUGCUGAUGUUGUCGAUGGAGCAAUUGACGCCAUGUCUGGUAUGACUUCUCAACCGUCUCUUGGAGCCAUUGUUUCUAACAUGAAGGGAACUGGUAUCGAUACUGGUUUGGACCCUGCUCAACUCGGACCAUUGAACACUUACUGGGAAAAUGUCCGCUCUUUGUACGCUCCUUUCGAAUCUGGUCAGCUCAGUGGAUCUUCGGAUGUCUACCAACACGAAAUCCCAGGAGGACAAUACACCAACCUCCUCUUCCAAUCCAAGCAGUUGGGACUUACCGAGAAGUGGCCCGAAAUCAAGAAGAAAUACGCACAAGCCAACAUUGUUUUGGGAGACAUUCCAAAGGUCACUCCUUCCUCCAAGGUUGUUGGGGACUUGGCUCAAUUCAUGGUGGCCCAAAACUUGGAGCCUGCUGAUGUCUUGGAACAAGCCGAAACUCUUGCCUUCCCAGAUUCUGUUGUCAACUUUUUGAGAGGAGAUAUUGGUAUUCCACCAGGUGGCUUCCCUGAGCCUCUUCGCUCCAAGGUUCUUAAGGGACGUGGACUCGACCCUAUCGAAGGCCGACCGGGUGCUUCCUUGGGCAGCUACGACUUUGAUAAGGAACGCGCAGCUCUUGUAUCCAAGUACGGCGAGAAAUACAUCAACGAGAAGGAUCUCCUUUCUUACGCCCUGUACCCCAAUGUUUUCACUGAAUGGAAGGAGUACGAGUCCAUUUACGGCGACGUCGAAACAUUGCCUACUCGCGUCUUCCUCAAUCCCAUGAACAUCGGUCAAGAAAUCGAGCUCGAUAUGGGACCAGGAAAGGCGCUCUCCGUCAAGCUUGCCUCCAUUUCUGAUGUCAACGAAGACGGAACACGAGUUGUCCUAUUCGAAGUCAACGGAGAACAAACAUAUAUUUCCGUCACCGAUAGCAGUGUCCAAACUGAAGGCACUGUUCGAGAAAAGGCCGGAGCCCCAGGAACUGUCGGAAGCCCAAUGCCUGGUGUCAUCGUUGGCGUCAAGGUAAAGCCAGGAGAUGUCAUCCAAGAAGGAGACACCGUCGCUACCUUGUCUGCCAUGAAGAUGGAAACUUCGAUCCCAGCUACAUCUUCCGGAGUUGUGACACGGGUCACUGUCAAUGUCGGAGACAAAGUAGAGGGGGACGAUUUGUUGGUAGAAAUAGAAGAGUAA